CGGUCUUUGCAAAUGUCACCCAACACUCUGAACACCGUGUAGUUCUUCAAAAUUCAAAUUACACCUAUUUCAGGAAACUAGAGUUCAAAAAUAAAUUCUGUUUAAAGGGAAUCACCCACGCGCGUGUGAUGCUCAAGCUGUGGGCAAAGAGCUGAGAGGGAAAAUUUAUUAUGAUAUUUUAUUCCGAAGAUCAAAUUGUCAUAGACGUGCAGUUUCAUUUACGAGUGGACGACUCUCAAGUUACGGCCAGUGAUCAAGCAUGGAUGUCCUUUCUUCUCAAUACUCACACCAUAUUCAGCUUUUUUCUCAUAAUAAUUAUCACCAAACUCGGAAUUCUUCGAUCCGUCAAGAUCAAAAGUGUACAAGUUGAUAUCCAAGUUGUUGACCAUCCAGGCGCCCGAAGACUUGGAACCGCUGUAAGAAGUUACAUGCGAACCCUCCGAUGGUUCAGUAUCCCAGCGAGUGUUGGCUUCGCUUACGUUUGUUAUCAACAAUUCUGGCACAUCAGGGAGAGAGAAAAACGUAAAUUACAUGCUGGUGAAUCUCUUGAACCUAGUCAAUGGCAGGUUGCAUUGUUCAAGAAAUUGCCCACAAGAGCUUGUUCACGUGCUUUAGGAGCAGUUUGUGAUAUUGACUUGCCACCAUGGUUACGUAAACCCAUCAUUGGCUCGUAUUCGUGGUAUUUUGCCUGUAAUGUUACUGAAGCUGUAGAGGAAGAAAUUGUUAACUAUUCAAGUCUCGGAGCCUUCUUCAGAAGACAACUUAAACCUGAUGCAAGAAGAAUCUGUGAUGCAAGUUGUAUCGUGAGCCCUGCAGAUGGUACUGUUCUGCAUUUUGGUGAGGUGCAAAAUGACUUAGUGGAACAAGUCAAAGGAAUAACUUAUUCAAUGAAAACUUUCCUUGGACCUAAUCAACCAUCUGCUUCCACCUACAAAGAACUAGAGUCUAAUGACAAUAAAAAGCUUUAUCACUGUGUUAUUUAUCUUGGACCCGGUGACUACCACUCCUUUCAUUCACCAAGUGAAUGGAAUGUAAAGCAAAGAAGACAUUUUCCAGGAGAUUUGUUUUCUGUGCAUCCAGGAAUAGCUCGUAUGGUUGCUGGUCUUUUCAACCACAAUGAGCGUGUUGUUCUUACUGGUACAUGGAAACAUGGAUUUUUUAGUUUUACUGCCGUUGGAGCUUACAAUGUUGGAUCUAUCAACCUCAAGUUUGAUCAGGAUUUGAAGACAAAUUGUCCAGGGAGAUAUUCAGAAGGAUCAUUUGAUGAGUGUGAUUAUAUUAGUGAUGAACCUAAUGGAGUAUCCCUUGUGCGUGGUGAAAGAAUGGGAGCAUUUAACCUUGGAUCAACAAUUGUCCUGAUAUUUGAGGCCCCCACAGACUUUAAAUUUGAUGUGCAACCUGGACAGAAACUGAAAUAUGGCGAACCAGUGGGAUCUUCAAGAGAAGAUACAGAUUAGACAAAUUAUCAAUGUAGCUAAUUUUUGAGGUGGAGAUACAUGUAUUUUUGUUUUCUUGGGAUAUUUAAACAUGAGAGCUCUUUCUAAAUCUUCUUCUGAAACUUCAAACACUCAAGAUUUCCAUAUACCCAAAAAACAUGAUCUUAAGAGAAAUCUUUUGUCUUACCAUUGUUUUCUUUUACCAAAUUACUGUGUGCAUAAUGAAGUAUGGGGUUAUAUGGAAAUCUUGUCAAUAUCUCUAUGGUUUAGUUAUCAUUAAGUUGUUUUUGUGGAGGGCUGUGUUGAUUAUGUGGACCACACAUAUUAGCAAGUGGCUGUCUGCUCUUCAAAGAAAGAAACUAAUAAAAUAAUUCAAGUGGAAAAAUAUCACUUUAAAAAAAAAAACUGCUAUUGAAAUUAAAAGCAGCUCUAAGGUCUGCAGGUAAUUUUAUCAAUGACAUUAACAUUUGUCCAUGAGACAGCCCAUGUUCUGUCAAGGACUAAAAUUUAGUGAGUAUUGAAAACUCUUGAAUUUAAUUGUUAGUUUAAUUGAUUUGGGUGAGCUAUAUGAUCAUCUGAAUAUUUUUCAUUGUGGCUUUACAAAAUCUUAGUCUUGGUUGUUCAAACACAUUCAUGCAACUCAUUAAAUAUAAGGAUCAAAUUCUCUCUGAUUUUCAAUAUGACAUGUUUAAAAAUCCUGAGAAACUUGUUGAAUCUGUACAAAGAUUAUAUGGGAAAAAAAUAUUUAUUAUACAUAAUUUGUUUAUAACAAGGGGAACCAAUGAUAGGUGUGAACUGAUCAAUCAAUUAUACUUAUUUCACCUAUGUUAGGUCCACAAUUAGAAUUUAUUUUUACUAAAUGUUUACAAAAAGAAAAAAACAUAACAUUUUUUUUUUAAGGAUUAGACAUUUAAUCCUACCCCAAAAAUUAUUGAAAACAAAGUUUGUAAAGCCUGGUCCCAUUGGUAGGCAAGGUCAGGUGGAAUCAUGAAGAGGAUUUAGUUUGUGCAACCUUCCAUGGACCAGGUGUAGUUUGAGGACUAUGUAAGGCUGGAAAUGUUUUAAAUCCAUACUUGCAAGUAAAGUUAACUUGGUUCUGUAUGUAAUGUCCCAACAAUCUGUGGGAAUCACCAUAUACCAAUGUUGUUGGUGUUGAAAUUUGAUAGUAGGAAAGAGACUAAAAGAAACCUUGACAAAUUAAAGUAAAGUAAAGGACCCAAAAUACAGGAAGUGUCGCAUUUUAAUAGAAAAAGAGAAAAAUUGGAAAAAUAUGUGCUGCAUGCUCCAUUUAAAGAGCAAGUAUUUUUUCAUUCAGACUGGUAAAACUCUCCAAUGGUAGCUCAAUGUAGUCCACUUUAGUGACACAGUUGUUUCUGAAGAUACCUAGACUAGUUUUUACAAAGAUGAGAAAGUUACAGAAACAGUUCUGGCAACCAUUUAAGAAUUUCAAUUCUUAGGUCCUGUUGCUUCUUAUCACUUGUGUUAAACUCAUCCUUCACUGUACUGCUUGAAUUGUCAAUAAAAUGUUCUAAAUUUUUCAAAA